GUCAUAGAUUGCAUCCACGUAUAUAUCACGACUUCGGUGGCCGACUGUUACUCGUCCUUUUUGGAGCAACGCACUCAUUCUUGGUUUCAUAGAAUCCCCUUUGUCUUGAAUUCUCACCAUAGCGCUCUAUUGGCACCAUAGAUCUCCUUGCACCUACUGCCAUGGGCUCAGUCCAACCCGAAACCGCCGACAAGCGGGCUAUUUUCUUCUUCGAUAUCGACAACUGCCUGUAUGCGAAGUCCAGGAAAGUCCACGACCACAUGGCACUCCUAAUCAACAAAUACUUUGUGACCCAUCUCGACAUGUCGGCCGAGGAGGCGACAUACUUACACCACAAGUACUAUAAGGACUACGGCUUAGCUAUCGAGGGUCUGUCGCGCUUCCAUAAAAUCGAUCCGCUAGAUUUCAAUCGAGAAGUCGAUGAUGCACUACCCCUGGACGAGCUUCUGUCACCGCAUCCCGAAACGAGAGCGAUGCUGGAGUCAUUCGACAAAUCAAAAGUCAAAUUAUGGCUGUUUACGAAUGCGCACAUUACCCACGGCAUGCGUGUCGUCAAGCUAUUGGGCAUCGACGAUCUCUUCGAAGGAAUCACAUACUGCGAUUAUUCUCAGACGCCACUCGUUCCAAAGCCACUCCCGGAGAUGUUCACCAAGGCAGAGCGGGAAGCUGGCGCGUCCUCGGAGACGCCCAUCUACUACGUGGACGACUCUUAUCUAAACUGCCGAGCAGCAUACACACGUGGAUGGACAAAUACAGUUCAUCUUGUCGAGCCGGGCGUGCCCGACCCACCGGAAAAGGCGAGCAAACAUCAAAUCAGCGAUCUUUCACAACUUCUGGAUCUAUUUCCUGAACUUCUGAAAGCGAGUAAUGGUUCGGUAUGAGGAGAUUGGGUACUAGAAUAUGGUACACUUUUAAAAUACGAAAUGUGCUUGAACGCUAGACAGAUAUGAGGGGAAUUUCCUCCAAAAAGCCAUGAUGGUCGUCAAAUCAUGAUGUCAAACAAAAGAAAAGACAAAAGCUUUUGCUACUCAUGCAACGGGCAGCAAUCGCCGUCUUCCGGACAGAUCACUGGGACAGAAUUUCCAAGCACCAGCAUACUUCUUCGCAUGCCAAUUCCUGAUCACAGCCUCGAUGACCCAAGGUACGUUGGGGAAGCCACACUUCUCUCCGUCGAUAGUGAAGGAUUUAUCCUGGCACCCUAGUGUCCAGGGGGCGUCGGUGUACAGGCUGUUGUCCUUGGUGGCCAUAUGCUCCGCGUGCUUCCAGAUCUUUAUCAACUCCUUGCCAUCCAAAGUAUGAAGAUUUGCGAGGGUAGGGAUCUCAUCGUGCAGAUGCUGGAUAAGAUUGGGCGCAAAGGACUCGAUGAUGUGACGAAGUGUGGCUCCAUUGUACUCGGCUGGCUUGGUGAUGAAGACAUAUUUUUGAAAGAUGGUGAGUCCCUCGGCAAAUGAGUCGUGGCCUUUGGUGUUCUCUUCCAUUGCACCGGGUUGUCCCAGCAACUUUUCAAUAGCCGGGAACAUAUAAUCGUCCUCGACAUGAUGAUGGUGGUUCAAGGUGUUGAAGAGCAUUUGGUUGAAGAGAAGGAAGUCAGCGGCUUCCUGUGUGUCAGGCUGGACCAGCACUGCCUGGUUCCAUGAAGCAUUCAGGGCACGGAUGAUGGUGUUGUGGAUCUGGGCCAUUUGACGGGCACACCAGAAGGCUGGGUGAUCCUUUGGCACGGAAGCAGGAAUGUUCUCCAGGUGGAUGGUGGCGAUCAAAGGAUAAUGGUCGUCAACGUAACGAGGCACUUGCAUGCCGAGCUUCGACAAAACACUGGUCGACGUUGAGGUUUGUGACCCCGCGGAAGACGAGGCUGUGCGAUUUGAUCGGACGGAGUUGGAAGAGCGAAGAGAUGAAGCCGACGACUUUUCCAUCUUGGAGACAUAAAGUUGUCGCUCAGCCUCUGAUAGAUAGAGAAGAUGAGAAUAUCUUUUCUGAGUAGGCGACUUUGACCGGGACCGAGUCGGCGAAGAGGCGGUUCGGGGAGUAGGCUCCCUUAUGAUGGGAACAGUCUGCAUAGUGUCGUAUUGGAAUGUUAGCUGUCUUGGUGCCAAAGUUCUCUGCAGAUAUUUUGUCCAGGCUUGCAGAACCUUUGGUAUUGAUAUCAGAGGACAGUUAGUUAAAUUGUGGGAAGUCGUAUGAUCAGGCUAGGGAAU